AUGUUUUCUCCAUCCGCUGCCGACGGAGGCCCGGCCACGGCCACUCGAUCGCGCCGCCGCCAGCGUCCCAAGAGCUCGGAAAGCCUCGUCCAGCAGCCAAAGGCCAAGCGACAGCGCCUCCCGCUGACGGAGCAAACUUUUGCCAAUCCAGAGCCCCAAUCCGACAUGACGGAGCUCAAGACGGACAAGGUUGCAACCCUCGAUUCCAAGCACGCUGCGACCAUCGACACUCCUCGCAGGGAACUUGUCGUGCGCGCCAAAAAGUCCAAGCACGGUGACCGAGCUGCAAACAAAGGCGACGGCAGUCUUGUCCUGACAAGCACAAACGCCUUCACCGUCUCCAAGCUGCCUGCUUUGCCAGAUAGAAUCAGGUCGGAUUGGUCGGGAAAUCAACACGCCGAAAUCUUCUCGUCGACCGGUUACGCCUUGACUCUGACACCGGCGCAUGCCAUCGUCUGGCCGUACAACGCGACUUCACAAUCGCCCGAAACAUUCACCUUCACGUUGCCUUCGGCAUCCAAACCGAGCGACCCUCUCCCGGUGGGAUGCCUCGUCUCCCCUCCUGCAUCCUCGACCGAGCCUGGUCUCGUCGUCGUCAUGUCCGGCAGCGGCAAAGUUGUCUACUGGGAGUCGAUAUCCAGCGCGGCCACUUUUGCCUUCAUCAAGAAGGAUCGAUCCGGCGUCGAGCACCUGAUAUCCGGCAUGUCUUCGGGGGAAAAGGUCAUUGCCAUCACCAAUGCAGAGUCGGCAGGCUUUAUCUUGACUUUCAGCACCGGACGAUUGGCAUACAUGAGUGCGAGGGAUGGCCAUGGCCGGCCCGCCGUUUCGGUUCAGUUCUUGCGGACUGGUCUCGUCUCCUCGGGAAGUGGCAUAUUUGGGAGCAUUCGCCAUGCCUUUUCGCACUUGUCCCUGCGAGGCGACGUUGCAGCCGUCCGCGCCGAUCGAUCAGCCCGCGUCGGCGAGCGGAGCAUUGUUGCGCUCACGAGUAGAGGCAAGCUGCAAUCUUGGGUAGUGCACCGUGGCGGCCAUCAUGAGCCCACUGGCGAGGCCGAUAUUCGAGAGCGCCUGGUCGCAGCUCUUCAGGAAACGGACCGCGCGAGCCAGGGGUUCCCGGGCGACUCUUUUGAAGCCCUCGACUUCACCUUCGUCCCCAAAGGCCUGGAACGCAAGUAUCUGGCCCUGAGUAGGCUAAGCGACGCCAUGGCAUCCGACAGCCCCAACGUGCAGCAUCUACUGCUGCUCGUUAGCCUGUCCCGGAGGAGUGUUUCCCGGUAUGCGUUGGUUGAGGUGAUCCUGACCCCCGACGAUUGUCAAAUCGGCAUGAUUCGACCCAUCACUUCCUACUCGACACCCUCGGCACAGGCGGAACCUACGCAAAGCUUGAGACCACGCAUCUACCUGCCGCGCCCGGCCCUCGUGGCCUUUGUCGUCCUCGAUCAUGCCGCGAUAAUCGCAUCUGUGGCAACUCCGCCAGAGUCUCCCGAGUCGCAGCUUCAGUCGGACAGCCACAUCCUGCCGGCCUCCUUUGAGGACGUGGUUGAUUUCCGAGAAGACAAUGUCCACGAAAUCGUCGGCUCUGGCUUUGAGGAGACCCCAGCGAUACCCUACGGACACGAAGAAAACCGAGCGGUUCGGCACAAGACCAAGAACCCGGCUGUGGUGCUCGUGGUUCGCGGCGCGGGCGUCGUGCGGAUUGUGACGACCGACGUGGACAAAUUUGCCAGCGAUCAGCCUCCUCAAGUGUCUGCUAAGAGCAAACUGGAGCAGGCCGUCUUCUUUGGCACCAAAAAAGACAACCCGCUUGUGUUCGACGGCCGACAAGACUUCGAAUUCACCAGCGAUGAGAUAGCCAAGGCGGCGCUUGAAGUCAGUCACGAAAUUCUAUGUUCGUCUUCGUCCUACAUAUCCACACUGCCGGCGUCCCUGGAAGAGAAUCUCCGUGCUCGAUCGAGCGCACUGGAGAGACUCAUGUUGCACCUCAAGGCCAUUGGGGCGGAUCUGGAUCGAAACACCCGCUGGAAGCUCCUGUUCAACGCGGAGAAGAUGCACGUUGCCAUUCUGCUGUGGAGACGGCACGAAGCCUUCACGGCGACCCGACCUGCGGAUGACAAAAAGAGUCUGGUUGGCUCUAUCAUCGAAUUCAUCCAGGAGGGCCAUCACCGCCAUCCCAACACAAGCAUUGGCGAGGUGGACGCAGUGCGACAUUGGUUUACCAACGACGUAUAUCGCCUCGAGCUCUUUGUAGCCUGGGCGUACGAGGUUAUCAAGGUCUCGUAUAAAGACAAGCUUCUGGACGAUGCUCGCAUGACGAUUGCGCUGCACGAGGCAAUGCACGUCAACAUCAUCACCCACACGGGAGCACACGAAUUCCGAAAGAAUAACCUGGCCCUGUACGGCCUCGGCCAAGAGCAGCUGCGGAUGGGCAUCCUGCGCGACGGAUAUGAAGGCCUUCCAGAGCCUUGGACCGGCUGUCUCUACAUCGCCAACAACGCCAAGCGUCUCGCCGAUCUCUGCGAUCAGUGGUUUAACAAAUACGAGCAGCUACGAAAAUCAGACCCCGGCCUCAUGACGAGGAUCUACGACGACCUGCCGGCGCUGAUUGAUAGCAUGCUCAUGGCAGUGUUGGAGUACGCUCGCUGGGGAACGGCAAACUCGGAGCGCAAGGCGCUGGCGCAGGAGUACGUCAAGACGUACGACGCGGAGCGACAUGCCAGGCCCGUGGCCUUGGCCCACCUUGGCAGGUGGGAGCAGGGCGCCAAGAUUGCCGAGAAGCACGGCUGUCUCAGCGCUCUAGCGGUCAUCCUGCUCGAACAUGUCGAUAUGCUGGAGCAGCGAAUGGACGAGCCGGACGUGUCCGAAGCGGAGCUGACGAGCUUGAAAAAUCUGCGCCAGACAAAGAAGACGCAACUGGAGGAUUCUUUUGGGAAAUACGGCGAGCCGUUUGCAUUCCCCGUCUACGACUGCCUUCUCACGAAACACGGCGUGGCGGCUGUGUUGGAUUUUGAGCUGGACACGCUGGGGUUCAAAACUCGAUUUCUUCGAAGCCGGCCAAGCCUUGCUCGCAUAUCAUGGAUCAACGACAUACAGCAGGAGAAGGACUUUAGUCACGCGUCCAGCACCCUUGUGACUUUGGCACUGUCAAGCGAAAAUCAAGUCUGGAAGAAGAAGAUUGAACUGAGUCUGGGCAAGCUCGCGAUCUUGGCCGACGCUGAGGGUCAGCCUCAACCGCAACACUCCUUCACGGUGAGAUCCGACGAGGUUCACAGUGACAGGAGGCUCGAGCAGGUCGACAAGGAGUUGAUCGUUGUCCGAAUCCAAGACCACCUGUACAGCCAGGUGUUCCCGAGCACGUAUGAUGCCGUCGACAGCGCCGCUGCUCUCAACUUCGCCCUCGAAGCUCACAGCACCAAUAUUCCUCGGCGGCAGAAGGCACUGCUCCAGCUCUUCACCGAUGGCAUGACGAAGCUGCUGGACCAUCAGGCUCUCGACCCAAUGUACCUCAUUGAUCUGCUGACCCUGGUUGCCCUGGGCCCUGAGUCGAGGGAGGAGAUUGCACAUCCAUUCUGGAUGGCGUUGAAGGUCGCGGAGACUGCCUGCCACGCUGACGAAGCCAAAAACGCCAAGAAGCUGAUUUGGAGACGACUGUUCAUCCGGGAUGACUGGGCCAAGAUCAACGACACGCAGCUCAAAGAUGAUGUCGAGGUUGUGAAUCGCGUCGCGGACACUGAACUGUUUGCCAUGUUUACGGACUGCAUUCGGUUUCAGAACCCACAGAUGCCAUUCCAAUAUAUGGUGCCCCAGGAGAGCCUGGGUGUCUUUACCGAGACUCUCGACCGCCGAUUCCAGAACUUUUCCGAGAGCGAGCAGGCCAAGCUGGUCGAGGCAAUGCGGUGGGAGGAUAAGGUCCUCACCCAGUACAUUGAGAAGAACCGGCUGGGCAACUGGGUGCGGUCGGCCUACGAAACGGCCCAGACAGAGCUUGAGGGCAUCGCGGAAGACGCUGUCCGCGCCGGCGGCUCUGCGGUCGACGCGCGCGAGCGUAUCCCGCUGUUUGGCCGCAGACGCAGUUCUGCGGCGGGCCAUGCCGCCCCCCAGUUGGGCUCGGCGUAA